AUGACAGAACCAAUCCCUCCAUUUCCAGUAACCGUUCGUGAUCCACUCAGGCCAAGCGCAAGGCUUGGGCCUGGGAUGAGGGGCGAACACGGUUAUAGGCUCUAUCCGCCUGCCAACAUGGCAAUAGACUACGCUAUGGGUAUACUUACGCUCAAAUACGAUUCUCUCCUCCAUUCUGCGUCCAGCCCUCGUCAGAUGGUUGCGACAGAUUGGGAUAGGAGGACUGAGUCUGUCGACUUGGGGAAUGUCAUGGUCCCCGGAGAUAUCAUUCAAUUCGAGGGGAUGGAUCCCGAGCGAAUACCUCACACUAGUUCCACAACGUUGACCUGGCAUUCCAUCAUCACUCGCCAAGAACACAUCAAAUUUAUCGGUGUAUACUGGAUUCUACAUGUGCCGGCAUCUCUCGACGGUCUUCACACUGGUUACUAUGUAGGAGUGCCCGAUCUAGAUCUGUGGUGCAUCAUCAGGUUCUACCGUGCGCCCAAUCUCUUUCACCCCCAUUCCCUUCCAGCUGACGAGUUGGCCUUAGCAUGGUCGUCGAUCAUCAUGCUACCCUUUGAACUCGCGCUAUACCUUUGCGUUCUUUUGGGUCCAAUUUUUCUUGUCAAUUGGGGUUGGGGUCGUGACCCUGGUGCUCACUUUGUUGACGUGGAAGCGGUGGCUUGGAUAUCCAGUCAGGGUGCCGCUUUGCAGUAUUGUGCGACUCUGGUGUGGGAAACACAUAAUACGUCAUGUAAAGUAGAAGUGUAUGAGCGUUCGGCCAAGACACUUAUCGAUCAUCACAUCCCGCAAACAACAUCGUUACAGGAUACUAACGAAUCCUGGGACCAAUUGUGGAAAAUCAACCACUGGGACAACCGGACUUCACCUCGACAAGGUCUUGCUCUGAAGGGCUCUUGUUCUUCGUCCAUCGACGGGGAUGGUUUGCACAACGCAAAGCAGGCGAAGUGUGGAAGUGGCGAGGACUACGUCUGGCUCGAUGACGAGACCCUUGGUACCAACUGUACCCAACGUGCCCGUCGAGGGAAUUCCUGGGAGGAGAAAGCCGAAUGGACUCAAGUCUGGGUCGAAGAGGUUACGCUGAACACAUUCAUUGAUGGCGAAAUUACGAAAGCGGAGAAGCGUGCUUUGGUGUUGAUUGAUAUGAAGACGAAACGGCCUACUACCCAGAUCUAUUCGUUGAAACGUUGA